AUGGACCGCUACAGCCUCGACAAGCCCCCGGCCCCCGACACCACGAAGCAGAUGGCCUUCUGGCGCUGGCUGAUCGUGGACGAGAUCGGCAUGGUGAGCGCGCGCCUGCUCGCCCAAAUGGACCAGCGGAUCCGAAGCGCCAAGCCCGCGGCGGACGAGUGGAAGAUCGACCCCAAAACCAACCGGCCCCGGCCCUUCGGCGGCAUCAACGUGCUCUUCACGGGCGACUUCGCCCAGCUGCCCUCACCCGAGGGCGGCGGCAUCGCGGAGAUCCCGGCCAGCCUGAGGCCGCGGGGAGACCACGCGCCGCCGCCGGACCCGCUCAUCCAGCACGGCCAGGAGCUCUUCUGGGGCGGGGCGGUCCAGGGCGUCACCGAGCUGGUGGAGCGCGAGCGCUGCAAGGACGAGUGGUGGAACGAGGUGGUGGACGAGCUGCGAGAGGGCUACCUGUCGGACAAGAACCACAAGUAUCUGCACGGCAGGCCCGUGGAGGGCUGCACCCUCAGCCCCGAGGAACGGGCCUCCAGGCAGCGGGUCAUCGACGGGCCCGACGACCCCAGGCUGCAGGACAUGAAGUUCGUGACGGGAACGGUGAUCGUGGCCAACAACGACGCCAAGUACCAGAUCAACAAGGACCGAGCCGCGGGCUACGCCCGCGCGGCCGAGACGCCCCUGCGCUGGUCCGUGGCCAAGGACAAGGCGCUCUCCAAGGUCCUCCAGACCCAGGCCUGCGACAAGGACGCCAAGCUCCGCUGGCUCCAGUACCACGACAUGGACACGGAGGGCCUCUGCGGCAUGCUGCCCCUGGCCGUCGGCAUGCCUGUGGCGCUCACGCAGCACGUGGACCGCUCCGAGAAGGCGCUCCUCAAGGGCCGCGUGGCCCACGUGCACUCCUGGGACUGGCCGGAGAACGACCAGCAGCCGCGGCUCGUGUACGUGAAGUUCAAGGACGCCGAUUGGACGCUGGACGGAUCCACGGAGAAAGGCCUUUACCCGAUCGAGCCGGUAAAGCGCACGUGGAAGCUCGAUAAGGGCAGGAAGAACCCCGUGCUGGCCGUCUCCAGAACGCAGCUGCCCCUGGUGCCCGCCUUCGCCAUCACGGCCCACAGCAGCCAAGGCAAGACGUUGAGCGCGGUGCUGCUGGACUUCAACAUCCACCGCCGGACCCACGUCUCCUACGGCACCGUGGUCGCCAGCCGCGUCCGCAGCCGCGAGGACGUGCUGAUCCUGCGCGCCUUCCCGGCCUGGCUCUACCAGCGCGGCCCGCCCGAGGGCGUCGCGAAGCUGCUCCAAAGGCUCCGCGGCGAGCUGAACCUGGACGUCUUCCGCGAGGCCACCUGGCCGAGCGCCCCCUGCGAAGCCUGCCGGAGAGCCAAGCCGCUGAACCUCUUCGCGGACGCGCAGUGGCAGCGGGCCAGGGCCAACCGCCCGGCCACGUGCCUGGCGUGCGAGAAGAAGAAGCGCGCGGACCGCAGCUUCCAGCCCGGCAAACGGAAGAAGUACACUGCGCGGCCUGCAAACUGGAGAAGAUCGAGGACGCCUUCCCGCGAGCCCAGCUCACGCAAGAGGACGCCGACCGCCUCCGGCAAUGCCUGA